AUGGAGAGGGAAAUGGCUGCCUCAUAUGAGCCAAAACUAAACAGUGAAAUAAGGAUUUUUGAGAGUUCAGAUGAGAUAGUAACAGAUCUAGCUGAGUAUAUCUCCCAAGUUUCAGAAAUCUCUGUUAAAGAAAGGGGAUACUUCGCUAUUGCCCUAUCUGGAGGGCCCCUUGUCAGUUUUUUGAGGAAACUUUGUGAAGUGCCAUACAACAAGACCCUGGAUUGGUCUAAAUGGUACAUUUUCUGGUCUGACGAACGUGCUGUAGCAAAGAACCAUGCAGACAGUAACUAUAAGUUAACAAAAGAAGAAUUUCUAUCAAAGGUACCUAUUCUGAGUGGCCAUGUCUACUCCAUAAAUGACGGCGCCACGGUGGAGGACGCAGCAACGGACUACGAAUUUGUCAUCAGGCAGCUGGUCAAGAUCCGCACUAUAGGAGUCUCAGAGAGCAACGACUGCCCCAAGUUUGAUCUCAUCCUCCUCAGCAUGGGCUCCGACGGACAUGUGGCCUCAUUGUUCCCUAACCACCAAGCCCUCGAGCUGAAGGACGACUGGGUCACCUACAUCACGGACUCCCCGCAGCCUCCACCCGAGAGAAUCACCUUCACCCUCCCUGUGAUAAACUCGGCGUCAAACAUCGCGAUCCUCGCGACGGGCGUCGACAAGGCAAACGCGGUGCAUUCAGCCGUGUCUGACAGCAGCGACGGCCUAGACGCCGCCGCCCCGCUGCCUGCCAGGAUGGUCCAGCCAACGGACGGGAAGCUGGUGUGGUUUCUGGACAAGGCGGCCGCCUCAUCACUCGAGGCGCUGUCUGACGAUGCCUACCAGCAGCAGCAUCUCUCGUACGCAUCGUCAGGCAGCGCCUCGGGUGAUGAGGCUGCCGCCUUGUCCAGAAACCACACCGGCUUCCCGUGCGUUGGCUGGACCAUCUUGGCAGGCAGGGACGCGGGGGCGUCUGGACCGUCGCUGCUGUCAGACACGGCCAAAUGCACGGCCUUUGCCUUGUCUACGCCCGUCGCCAGGAUCGCUAUGUUUGAUGCCGAGUUUAUUACAUGGAGGGCGAAGGCGAUUCUUUCGGGUGGAGGCCGCGGGGAGUCACCGGCGAGCACCAGCCAUGGCGGAGAUGACGUCCACGAUGCCGAGCCGUGGAACGACGGCCGCAUCCCCCAGGUAGAUGGAGGCUGUUCCUCCAAAUGA